AUGCCGAAUACUGGUUGCCAUUUCUCAAAAACUAAUUUGAAGGAAAAAUAUCUUCAUGUGGCAUUUUACAUUCCAGCUGCAGAAAUAACUGUUCAACCAACUGUGGAAGAGGCCUCCGACAACUGCACUCAAGAAUGUCUCAUCUAUGGCCAUUCUGAUGCCUGCUGGAUGCCAGCGUCUCUGAAUGAUUCCAGCUCUUCGCAAGCACAGGCCUCUGCUCUAUGCCACAGCCCACCACUGUCACAGGCCUCUACUCACCACCACAGCCCACCAGUGACACAGACCAUUGCUCUCUGCCACAGCCCUCCAGUGACACAGACCAUCGCAUUGUGCCACAGCCCUCCACCAAUACAGAUCUCUGCUCUCCACCAUAGUCCUCCUCUAGUGCAGGCUACUGCACUUCGCCACAGCCCACCAUCAGCACAGGCCUCAGCCCUCUGCUACAGCCCUCCUUUAGCACAGGCUGCUGCAAUCUGCCACAGCUCUCCUCUGCCCCAGGUUACUGCCCUCCAUCGCAGCCAGGCCCAAUCAUCAGUCAGUUUGCAGCAAGGUUGGGUGCAAGGUGCUGAUGGACUAUGCUCUGUUGAUCAGGUAGUGCAAGGUAGUGCAACAUCUCAGUUUUACACGAUGUCUGAGAGACUUCAUCCCAGUGAUGAUUCAAUUAAAGUAAUUCCUUUGACAACCUUCACUCCACGCCAACAGGCCAGACCCUCCAAAGGUGAUUCCCCCAUUAUGGAGGAACAUCCCUUGUAAAGCUAAAAUAAUUACUUCAAAUUUUCAGAAAAGAUGUAUGUAGUCAAAAUUUAAGAUACAAUUUCAAUGAGUAUUCUGAUUAUCAGAUUUGUAAAUAGCUAUGUAAAUAGAAACAGAUACCGGAAUAAGUCUAGAGCUAGACCCUUAGUCAAAAGUUAACCAAAAAAUUGCAAUUUGUUUAAUUCAGAAUGUGUAUUUAAAAAGAAAAGGAAUUUAACAAUUUGCAUCCCCUUGUACAGUAAGGCUUAUCAUGACGGAGCGUACUAUUUCUGAUGUACAGUAUUUUUUGUUAUUUUUAUCAUCAUGUGCAAUAUUACUGAUUUUUUUCCAUGCUGAUUGUGUGGAACCAGUAUGUAGCUAAUGGAAAGCCUAGAAAUAUCUUAUUUUCUAAGUUUACCUUUAGUUUAUCUAAACUUUUGUUCAAAUAAUGUUAAAAGGUAUACAUACUCUAGCCUUUUUUGGGGCUUUCUGUUUGAUUUUUGUUUGUUGUUUUCAGGUUUUUUUUUUUUUUUUGCUGUUGUUGUUGUUGUUAGUGAGUCUCCCUUCAAAAUUCACAGUAGGUAGUGUAAAUACCGCUUGUUGUGUGUCUCUCUCUCUGCUUUCACGUUUUCUACCUUAUUCCAGUACUAUAUUGUUGAUAUAAUUUGUAUAUACAUUUUCAAUAAAGAAUAUAUAUAAACUGUACAGAUCUAGAUCUACAACCUAUUUCUCUACUCUUUAGUAGAGUUCGAGACACAGAAGUGCAAUAACUGCCCAAAUUAGGCAACUAUUUGCUAAAAUGGGCCUCUUUUUACUUUAAUAGUUUAGUGUAAAGUACAUCAGAAAUAAAACUGUAUCUGCCAUUUUAAGCCUGUAGUCCAUUAUUACUUGGAUCUUUACUUCUGGGAAUUUAUAUGUAGCAGUCUAGAAAAUUAAAAGGAGGUGGAUGCAUUCAAAGCACGAGUCACUUACAAUAUUGACGGUAAACUACUAUUUUGUGGAGAAACUCAGGAAGAUUUAAAUGUUGAUUUGACAGCUCAAUAGGCUGUUACCAAAGGGAGUUCAGUAAAAAUAACAAAUACAUAUAACUGUAGAUAAAACCAUAUACUAAAUCUAUAAGACUAAGGGAUUUUUGUUAUUCUAGCUCAACUUACUGAAGAAAACCACUAAUAACAACAAGAAUAUCAGGAAGGAACUUUUCAAGAAAUGUAAUUAUAAAUCUACAUCAAACAUAGAAUUUUAAGGAAAAAUACAGAGGGAGAAAUAAGGCAACUGCUUGUGCCUUAUUCAACAAGAAAUACCGGAAAAACACACACAGAACAAAAACCAUCAAAAUCUCAUAUAUGAAAUAAAAUAUGUUCUUCUAAGCAAAGAAACAGUAUUAUUCAUAGAAAACAUUAGUUUUCUUCUCUUGUCUGUUCUUUAUUUCCUUCUUUUAUCUCUUAACUGGCCAUUAUCUUCUAUGUGCACAUUUUAUAAAUUUACGGAAACACCAUCAACUUAAUUUUCUUCCAUAGCAAAACUGAGAAAAUACCUUGUUUCAGUGUAACACUAAACCAAGAGACAAUUGAUGUUUAACGGGGGUGCUCGGGGAGUGGGGGAGUCAAUAUCUCCUAUUGAUUAAAUUAGACAUAGAUAUUCUAACGUGUAACUUGAUAUUUAAUUUAUGAUUAAACUAUGUGUAAAUUUUGUAACAUAAACUGUGGUAAUUGCAUAAUUUCAUUGGUGAGGAUUUCCACUGAGUGUUGAGAAAGCUUCUUUUCAUGUGUCCAGCAGAUUAAGUAGCGUUUUCAGAAUAUAGAUUAUUCCCAUCCAUUGUAAAGCUCCUUAAAUCACAUUUUAUUGGGUGUGCAGAAUAACUUCUUAACUCUUAACUAUCAGAGUUUGAUUAAUAAAAUUAAUUAAUUUAAUUUAUCCUUUGUGUUAAUGUUCCAAAGGAAUUGAAGCCUACUGGAUUUCCAGGUGCAUGUGAAUCCUGAAGGACUGAUGAUAUUUGGAAGUUUAUUAAAUUAUUAUCAUACAAAUGUGUUGAUAUUUUUGUUAUUGUUGUUGAUGUUGAAAAUUUUAAACUUGGCGAAGAUUAAGAAAAGAACCAAUAGUGACAAAAGUCAGUGCUUCCAGUAGAUUUUAGAACAUAUUUUUGCCUCAAAUACCUGCAAAGAUGAUGUGAGUGAGAUUUUUUCUUGUAUUUUAAUUUUUUUUUACAUUUUCUCUGUGCAGACCUUUAGUUUUCUUACGAUCUAUACACACACACACACGCGCACACACACACACACACACACACACACACACACACAUUUAAAGGAUAAAAAGAAGAGGCUGAAAGAUUAUUAAAUAGCUUGUCAGGCAUCUCAAUGGUUACUAUCUAUGUUAAUGAAAAUCAAAUAGGACCCAAAGUUGGAUAUUUGGGAUUUUUUUCUGAUGUUAGAAUUUAUUGAGUUACUAGGGAAGUUCUUAAAUCCUCAUAUCUGGAAACUUGUGUUGUGAAGUUUUGACACCUUUCCUAUAGAUAUAGGAAUGAACCAAUACGCUUUUAUUACCCUUUCUAACUCUGAUUUUAUAAUCAGACUUAGACUGUGUUUAGAAUAUUAAAUGACUGGGCACCCUCUUCUUGGUUUUUACCAGAGAGGCUUUGAAUGGAAGCAGGCUGAGAGUAGCCAAAGAGGCAAGGGGUAUGAGCCCAGUUAUUCUCCCCUAUGCCAUCUCUUUCUAAGCUUCCACUAGGUCUGGCCUUGGAAACCUGUAACUUCUGGGGCUUCAGAUCUGAUGAUAUCUUUUUCAUCACAUUACAAGUUAUUUCUUUGACUGAAUAGACAGUGGUAUAGGUUGACACAGCACACAAGUGGCUAUUGUGAUGUAUGAACAUGUAGUCCUAGAACUGCAAAAUGUCUUACUGAACCAACAAUCAAAAAAUGGUUGUUUUUAAAAGGAUUUCGUUUGAUUUGAAUAAAAACCAAACUGAAGGACUAUGAAAAUAAUAGGUUCAGCAAAGUAGUAUCUAGUUUGUCUCUUCAAUUAGAUUGUGAUUGAUUUUCUGGCUAUGGUAUUAUUAUAUCACACUUGUGAGUAUGUAUUCAAAUACUAAGUAUCUUAUAUGCUACGAGCAUACACAUUCUUUUCUUAAACUUUACCUUCGUUUUAGCUAAUAUUGUGUCAGUGUGUUAAAAAUUAGCUUUUACAUAUGAUAUCUACAGUGUAAUAAAUUUAGAGAGUAAUUUUGUGUAGUCUUAUUUAGUUACUUAACAUUUUAUUUUUAAUUAUGUAAAUUUGGUUAGAAAAUAAUGACCGUUAAAUGGUUAGUGCUAUUGUGUAAUGGUAACAGUUACAAAGAGCCUCUGCCUUCCAAAACUAAUAUUUAUGACACACAGUCAUUAAAUGGGAAAAAAAUAGACUAAACAAAUCACAAAUUGUUCCGUUCUGAAAAUGUAAUCAUGUCACACACGUAAAAAAUCCUUUUCCAUCCUGAGAAAAUUAAGGGAGUUUUACUCACAUGUAUAUUUCACCAUUAGUUUUUUUUUUAUUUGUUUGUUUCCUUUUCAUGGUAUUACUGAAGGUGUGUAUACUUCCUAAUAUACAUUUAUGAAAAUCUACUUGUUUAGGCUUUUAUUUAUACUGUUCUAUUUAUAUUUUUUAUUAUAGUUAUUCUUAUCUUUCUUUUUUUAAUAUUUUUUUGAAACCAAAUUCAGAGUUAGUUUAGGGAAACUUUUUAUCAUGAUCAUUAGAAACUAUUUUGAAUGUUUCCAACUGGCCCAAUUGGCCGGGAAAACAUGAGAGCAAGAGAAGCUGAAAUAUAUUUCUACAAGAACCUUUCUAUAUUAUGUGCCAAUUACCACACCAGAUCAAUUUUAUGCAGAGGCCUUAAAAUAUUCUUUCACAGUAGCUUUCUUACACUAACCGUCAUGUGCUUUUAGUAAAUAUGAUUUUUAAAAGCAGUGUAAGUUGACAACAGCAGAAGCAGUAACAAAAAAUCUGCUCAGAAAAAUGUAUGUGCACAAAUAAAAAAAAAAUCGAUGGCAAUUGUUUAGUGAUCGUAAGUGAUACUUUUUAAAGAGUAAACUGUGUGAAAUUUAUACUAUCCCUGCUUAAAAUAUUAAGAAUUUUAUGAAAUAUGUAUUUAUGUUUGUAUUGUGGGAAGAUUCCUCCUCUGUGAUAUCAUACAGUAUCUGAAAAUGAACAGUAUCCUAAAGCAGUUCUAACCAUGCUUUGGAAGUAAGAAGGAUGGCUACUGUAUGGCCAAGGAUGGCAGUAUGUAAUCCAGCAGCAAACUUGUAUUAAUUGUUCUAUUUCAGGUUCUGUAUUGCAUGUUUUCCUAUUAAUAUAUAUAUUAAUAAAAGUUAUGAGAAAUAAA